CUCAGACACCUUCAACAUCCACAGAUCCUCACAAACCGGAUCAAGCUCGGAUACUCGCUCAAGAAACGCCAAUAAAUAGACUUUUUGUUUGUUUUUUUAAAAAGCAAUAUUUUUUGCAUUAGAUUGUUUCUUUAAAUUAAAUGGUAUCUUAUUUUAUCGACUUAACGCUUUGUUGUACGAUACCACAUACAGUAAUCGAGGCGCUAUUUUUAAGUGCCCUUGGCAAGAGCAUGCUUGAGAACUUAAUUAUCGUAAUAUAUAUGACAAACUGAACAUAUGACAUCUAAUUGUACAGUUUUUUAUUUAUUUUUUUUUUUUUUUGGUUGUGUUGUUCAGCCAUUUAGUUUUCUCAAUCAAGAACCCGUAGUACAUUCAUUAAUUUUUUUUUCAAGGUUACUGAAACGCAAAGACGACUGCUAGACAAACCCGAUCUGUUAUUAUAGUUACACAUCGAUUAUUCCGUGUCUUUGUUUUCGUAGAUCCGGGGUUUUAAGGAUGUCUGUUCACAGCGUUGUCUCGAGAGGUUCUGAAAAGCUGCUUUUCUUCGGGUUUUUGGUUCUGGUUCGGUCGGUCUUGUGUCACGGGUUUGCUGAAGAGUUCACUUCUGGUUUGGGGUCUGUUAUUCUGGAGCCUCUGGACGGGUUGAGAACAUACGUGGAGUCCAUUGUUGGCACCCAUGUGAUUGAGAUUUGCGUUCAGUUUGUCGAAAUGUUGCUGCAGUUUGUUGCUGAAGGAGCUGCCAGUGGACUGAAUGUCAUUGCUGUGUAUUUAUCUGAGAUUCUCAGAGCAACUGGAGUCAACGAGAAGAUAUCAGUGCCUCAUUUCACCGCAGAGGGCGUGUCUGCUGUGACCAAGUGGGCCUUGCUGGCUCUGAUUGGAUACUGGCUCCUGUCCUUGUUGCUUCGAGUCACCGUGGGGCUUGUGCGGCAAGUGUUUUGGCUGAUUAAGGCGGUCGUGGUGCUGUGGCUGUUUGUGCGGAUCGUCUCUGACCCCGCCGCCUCCACUGAACACACUACAGCGAGACUGACUCUACUAGUGCUCAUCUGUGCGGUGUUUGGAGUCGCUACGAGCAGCUGCGGUGGGACAGCAGGCAGUCUGGAAACCCGAAUCAGAAGACUGGAGGGACAAGUCAAAGGCCUGGAACAGAAGAAAACACAGUAACGAGCAGCAAAAAACAAGCAUGCGGACUCAUGAUAACUGGGAGAUGACAUCUGAAGUGUUUUAUCAACUCACAACAGCCUUAGGAGUAUUUAUAUCUGAUCUUGCCAGUUCUUUCUUGUUUUGAAUAUGUUUCAUAAUUCAUAAGGCCACGGAGACUACUCCCUUAUUGUUUUAACUAAAAUGUAAAGCAAGAAGAAAAAACGUCAUCCUAGAGCUCCUAGAGAAUUUAAAGUGCUACCAUUAAAGUUUUCCUUGAUUGUUUCAUGUAA